UCGCCUCGGCCAUUCUGAGAACCGGCUUUGAUGUAUCACCGGCUGACGAAAAUUUAAAUCAAUCAAGCACGGUCGUAAAUCAGACCAGGCCGAAAAAAGCCUGUUUUACUACCACGAAGAAAGGAGACGCCGAGAGUACGAGGAGCCGGCGAGGUUUUCGAUUUCGAAAAAUGCGCCUCGUGUUGUUAAUAGUCACAUCGGCUUCAUUUCCACGACAUCCAUCGACGACGACGACGAGUCGACUGGUCGACAGGAUCGCAUGCCCGGCUUUCGGAAGCAUCACGUUACGCGAAGUCAUUUCGCGUUUGAUUAUUUGUGCGCAUUGCGUGACCACUUGAAGGAUCCUCAUGAGGAUCUGCGACAGGUGAGCAUGACCAAAUAUCCUAGCGUGCCUUUGUCACAACUUGUGACAGACGCCGGUGACGAGUGUCUCGACGAUUCGAUUGUCAGUCAAUCGGACCUCAUCGUCGGUUGUCAUUGUCAUUAUGUUUGUCAUCAUCACUCUACACAUCGUUUGCUGUCUAUUUUAGUUUCGCUAACCUCCCCCUUGGAUGAAUCACGGAGGCAAAGCGUAACUGCAGCCGCCAAAGCUUGCAAAGCUUCCAAAGCUGCCGUCGUCACCCCGUCGAAACCAAGGAGGUUCGACUGUUCGACGACGACCAAACCCACUUCGUCUCCGUCAGUUCACUGUUCCCCGAAGCCGACUCCGAGACCGAGGAUCCGCUUUCGGGACAAGGACAAGCAGCGACAGAGUAGCAUACAGAAAGACAGUCUGGAAAUGGACGGCGUCCUGGUGGUCGACGAUUCGACCGCCACCCCUGUCGCUGGUCAGAAACUGGACUACAGCGGAUUGGUACGUAUUUUGACAUGA